UUAAAAUGGCAGCUGAAGAUUCCUAUAUUAUGGGAGUAUCUGAUCCCCAAAUGUUUGCAGUGGAUCAGUUCAUGGGAAUGAAUGCUUUAUUUAAUAGUACAAAUUACAUCACUUCAGACUUACCACUACGAACAGCAGAUGGACCUUAUCUUCAAAUCAUAGAACAGCCAAAACAGAGGGGAUUUCGUUUCCGAUACGUAUGUGAAGGGCCUUCGCAUGGUGGACUUCCUGGUGCUUCUAGUGAAAAGAACAAAAAAUCAUACCCUCAGGUCAAAAUCUGCAAUUAUGUUGGACCUGCAAAAGUAAUUGUCCAGUUAGUAACUAAUGGGAAGUAUGUCCACUUACACGCUCACAGCUUGGUGGGUAAAUUCUGCGAAGACGGAGUGUGCACGGUUAACGCAGGACCCAAGGACAUGGUUGUAGGAUUUGCAAAUCUUGGAAUACUUCAUGUCACGAAGAAGAAAGUGUUUGAAACUCUGGAAACACGCAUGAUAGAUGCUUGCAAGAAGGGAUACAACCCGGGACUCCUGGUGCAUCCAGAACUGGGCUAUCUGCAGGCAGAAGGAUGUGGAGACAGACAGCUAACUGAACGGGAGAGAGAAAUCAUCCGCCAGGCAGCCAUACAGCAGACCAAGGAAAUGGAUCUCAGCGUGGUGAGGCUCAUGUUCACAGCCUUUCUUCCCGACAGCAACGGCAGCUUCACACGGAAACUCGAUCCCGUUAUAUCAGAUGCGAUAUAUGACAGCAAAGCUCCCAAUGCCUCCAACCUAAAAAUUGUAAGAAUGGACAGAACAGCAGGGUGCGUGACGGGAGGGGAAGAAAUUUACCUGCUCUGUGACAAGGUUCAGAAAGAUGAUAUUCAAAUACGUUUCUAUGAAGAGGAUGAGAAUGGUGGUAUGUGGGAAGGCUUUGGAGAUUUUUCUCCUACGGAUGUACACAGACAGUUUGCUAUUGUGUUCAAAACACCCAAGUACCGAGAUGUCAAUAUCACAAAGCCAGCAUCUGUAUUUGUACAACUGCGUAGGAAAUCUGAUCUAGAAACAAGUGAACCAAAGCCUUUUCUCUACUAUCCGGAAAUCAAAGAUAAGGAAGAAGUGCAAAGGAAACGACAGAAGCUCAUGCCCAACUUCUCUGAUGGCUAUGGUGGAGGCAGUGGCACUGGAGGUGGUGGCAUGUAUGGAGGGGCAGGUGGUGGUGCUGGCUCUGGGUUCAGUUUUCCUUCAUAUGGAUACUCUGCUUUUGGAGGGAUGCAUUUCCAUCCUGGCACAACCAAGUCCAAUGCUGGCAUGAAACAUGAAGCUCUAUCAAACUGCACAGCUGGACAAGACAGAAAGAGCUGUGAUAAACAAAGUGACGAAUGGGACAUGAAAGGUGAUGUGAAGGUGGAAACCCUGGAGAGGACUGAGUGCACAGUGUCUGCUGUAAAUGAGAAAAAGGAGGAUUCUGUUUUUUCCUGUAAAACUGAAGUAAGGGAAGCAGAUUGCAGGUGGCAGGAUGCUCUGUUCCUGGAGAAGGCCAUGCAGCUUGCCAGGCGCCACUGCAACGCUCUCUUUGAUUAUGCUGUAACCGGAGAUGUGAAGAUGCUGCUGGCACCUCAGCGCCAUCUCACCGCUGUCCAGGAUGAUAAUGGGGACAAUGUCCUUCAUUUAGCAAUUAUCCACCUUCAUACUGAGCUGGUGAAAGACCUCUUGGAAGUGAUGCCCAAUUUGAAUUACAAUGAUAUCAUUAACAUGAGAAAUGACCUCUAUCAGACGCCCCUGCACCUGGCAGUAAUCACAAAGCAGGCAAAGGUGGUGGAAGACUUGCUAAAGGCUGGAGCAGAUGUCAGCCUUCUGGAUCGCCACGGCAAUUCUGUCUUACAUUUAGCUGCUACUGAAGGAGAUGACAAGAUUUUGAGUCUACUCCUCAAGCAUGAGAAGGUAUCUCCGAUGGUCAACCUCCCCAAUGGUGAAGGUCUCAGUGCAAUUCACAUGGUGGUGAUGGCAAAUAGCAUGUCCUGCCUCAAACAGCUGAUUGCUGCUGGAGUUAACGUCAAUGCUCAGGAACAAAAAUCUGGACGAACUGCAUUGCAUCUGGCUGUUGAACAAGAGAACAUCCCCUUGGCAGGCUGCCUUUUGCUUGAGGGUGAUGCAGAUGUGGACAGCACUACAUAUGAUGGGACAACUCCACUUCACAUAGCAGCUGGAAGGGGCUCAACAAAAUUGGCAGCAGUUCUCAAAGCAGCAGGUGCAAAUCCUCAUAUUGAGAACUUUGAGCCAUUGUUUGAUCUAGAUGAUGUGAAAGGUGAUGAUGAAGGGAUUGUGCCUGGAACAACACCACUGGAUAUGGCAGCCAAUAGUGAGGUGUAUGACAUACUAAAUGGCAAACCCUACGAGUCAGCAGAGGUUUUGGAGGACUUACUCACACAAGGACAUUUGAGAGAGCUGAAUGAGAAUUCCAAGAUGCAGCUUUACAAACUAUUGGAAUUGCCUGAUCCAACCAAAAACUGGUCCACCCUAGCACAAAAAUUGGGUCUUGGCAUACUUAAUAAUGCCUUCAGGUUGAGCCCUUCCCCAUCAAAGACUCUGCUGGAUAACUAUGAGGUUUCUGGUGGUACAGUUCAAGAGCUGAUCACUGCUUUGAGACAGAUGGAUCAUACAGAAGCCAUAGAAAUAAUUCAGGAAGCACUAUCCAUCUCACACAGACCAUCUCCCCUGGAGGACAGUACAGCAAAAGCUCUUCCAUCAUCACUGCUCACCUUUGCAAAUGGAGAGACAGGUGAGCUCUAUAGUAGCAGAUUUCAAGACACUGAAAGCACGUGUGACAGCGGUGUGGAGACCUCCUUCCACAAGCUGAGUUUCACUUACUCAGACUCUCUGAACAGCAAGUCCUCACUAACACUGGGCAAAAUGGCCCUGGGCUAUGGACAUGAAAAUUCAGGGCAAAGCAAUUAUAUAGCUGACUAGCGAUCUUCAAUUAGCAAUAUGCAGUUACAGGAACAAGUGGGACAUUUCAAAUUGUAUCAGUGUCAUCCUGGCCAGAGGGAAGGGAACUCACAACCAAAAGUGCACUGGAAGGAUCUCACCUAAACCCAAAGAAAUGGCAACUGCAGCAUGUGACUGCUUCCUUCCUCAAGUACAUUUAACUGUGUUCAUUUACAAUAACCAGGGCUACACUGCUGCAUUAAUACACAGGACUGGAUCUUGAGAAAGACUGUCUGAGCUUUCCUGGUCUGUGAGGAUUUUCUUUUACAGAUGGAAAAGAAGUUGUUAAUGCAUAAUACAAACUUACUAAAGAGGUUAAGCUCAUGAGCAAUCAGAAGAUACAGUUUCUAGCUGCUCUCUUCAUAAUUUUUGCAGCACGGUUGUAUGAAAACAGUUUAUAAAAUAGAUGGCAAAGAAAAAUCAUUACUUUAAUCACAGCAGUAACAACUCAGAAAAAA